UAAACAAAACGUUUGAAUUAACAUGUACGACGUCUAGUUUUAAAAACAGGUUACUCCAAAUGAUACUUUGUGUAAUUUUGUUUAGUGUUUCCAUCACUUGUUUAGGCCUUGAUAGCAGUUCCGUUGUUAGCGAGCUUACACCACUAGAAGCUAUAAGAGCAUCAACUAACAAUGAAAGUUUGGAAUGUUUUGAAAAUGUUAACGCACCACUGCUUUUUUGGAAUUUAUCAUCUUUGGAAACAAAAUUAAGCUUGGCUAAGUCAUUAAGCCUUCAUGACGUGACUCUAAAGCGUGAUUUAUUGUCGGCGGUAUGCAUGUGGUUAUGGACCACGGAACCAGGUUUAUUGUCAUUACAAGUAUACUUGGGCGAUCAACUUAUCAAAACUUAUAAAAAUCGAACUAACGCAUAUAGUUCUUUUUUAUCCGAUCAGAACAACACAUACUGGAGAUGCGACGAUCACAUUUUUGUCGAACACAUUGAAGUUCUUUUUGAAAAUCGAAUCACCAUGGUUAUAGAAGCGAAUUUAUCAACAAUUGUAAUUAACCAAUGUGAUAAAUCUGAUGAAUCAAAUAUUAUUAAUGGUACUAAUAAAUGUCACCACACAACCGACUGUGUAUACAAAAAAGGGUCUCAUCAAUUUAGCAUUGGUAAUUAUUGGUGUGUAUGCAAGUCCGGUUAUUAUUCAAUUCUUAAAAUGUUUGAUGGAAUGAACAUUGAAGAAGCUACAUUUAAUGAAAUAGAAGAAAAAUAUUCAUGUCACCCGUGUUCAGAAGGUUGUGAUAUAUGUAGUGGACCAGAAAGUUGUAUGGCUCAAUUUUCUUGGGUUCAAAGGAGUAUUUUUCUAAGUAUAACCAUAUUAUGUAUUGUUUUAACGAUUAUACUAAUUUGGUUCGUACACAAAAACCGUCGUAUUAAAGUUUUUAGAAUCGCAAGUCCAACGUUUCUUAUUAUAACUUUGGUUGGCUGUAUUAUAAUGUACUCAGAAAUGGGUAUUAUGUUUCCGCAAUGUAAUCAGCAAUUAUGUGUUGCAACAAAAUGGACAAGGCAUUUUGGUUUUUGUAUAACAUACUCGGCUUUACUUAUGAAAACUUGGAGAGUGUCUUUGACUUAUAGAGUUAAAUCAGCACACAAACUGAAACUCACUGACAAUCAACUUUUACAAUGGAUGGCUCCGAUUUUGGGUAUUAUUUUAGUUUACAUGGGAGCAUGGACAUUUAGUGAUCCACCUCAAGUAGUAUUAGCAAAAAGUGAAGAAGAGACUAAAUUCUGGCAAUGUUCAAAUGAUUGGUGGGAUCAUUGCUUAGCUGUUGGCGAAGUUUUAUUUUUAGCAUGGGGUGUUCGAGUUUGUUAUGUUGUUAGAAACGCUGAAUCGUUUUAUAAUGAAGCAAAACUCAUAAGUUUUGCAAUUUAUAACAUAUUUAUUGUAAACGUCACUAUGAUGGCUAUCCAUUUUUUACUGUUUCCCAAUAUCGGACCUGAUCUAAAAUAUACACUUGCGUUCAUAAGAACUCAGUUGAGUACAUCUGUAACUAUAGGUUUAGUAUUUGGUUCAAAAAUAGUACGAGUGAUAAACGGUCAAGGAGAUAACUGGGAUACUAAAUUACAACCAAAGGGUAUUAUUUCUUAUGAAAUGGAUGAAAUUUGUGACGAACCAAUUGAUUUGCAGACAGAAAAUGACCAAUUAAAGGAAGAGAUAGUAAAAUUAGCUACAAAUAUAGGAAUAAUGAGGAAUUCUUUAAUGCUUGUAAAUAAUAGGCACCUUAAAAAAAAUGGAUGCCCAAGUUGUAAUCCUUUAAUUUUAAGCCAACAGAGCCCAACAAAUAAAUCAGGAGGCUUUUUUAGAAGUUUAGGAUCAAAUAAUUGCUUAUCACCAUUGUCUAAUACUUAAAAUAGUCAUACACUUUAAAAAGUUUAUAUAUUUCUUUAAUUAUAUUAAGAUAAUUACUUUACAAAUAAAACAAAAUAAACAAAUCAAAUACACACAUAAUUA